AUGGACUUGGUGAAUCUCACCCAGACCAAAGGACCCAUGAUCCUCGGCGUCUUCUGGGCCUUCUUCGCCGUCAGCGUGAUUAUGGUGUCAGCGCGACUGUACAUACGGGCGCGAUGGCUGCGAAAUAUCGGGCUUGAUGACUAUAUUAUCACAGUCUCAAUGAUCAUGGUCACCAGCUACACUGUAAUAACUACUGUCAAUGUUGCCUUCGGAUUCGGCAAGCAUACUCCGGCCAUCACAGCAGAGGGUGGGACGGAUCUGUUGACAAGAGUUCUGCUGAUUAACUAUAUCGAUUUCGCCUUCGGGAUCCUCUCGUUCACAAUGCCGAAACUCGCCAUCUCUGCCCUUCUAAACCGCGUCAUGAACCCCGGCAGAUUCCAUCGGAUCUGGCUGUGGGUGCUGACGGCUUUGGUCUUUGUCUCAUCGUCGAUUUGCAUUGUCGUCCUCUUCACCAUGUGUGACCCACCAGAGGCCAUGUGGAAACCACAGCUCGUCGCCGGAGGGGCAGGAACGUGCCGUCCGAACAGGAUCCUGGUGGGAUACGCUAUAUUCACAGGGGACGCUACUGCGGAUCUUGUUAUCUGGACCAGUAUUGAGUCCAACAUCAUAGUCAUUGCCUCUUGCAUUCCUACACUCGGUCCCUUGUACGAGUUGAUUCUCGGCAGGCGGUCCUGGAGUUCUCAGGAACGGUACCACUACAAGGAUAAGGGCAGUAACAAUCAGCGGCCAUCCUUCUCUGCUGAACGCCACAAAAGGUCCAACCUGGGAAGCUACAAGGACGCAGACCUAUUUAUCACAAACAACAUUAGCACCACCCCGGAGGGCAGCCAGGAGAGUAUCCUGCGGCUAGAUAAGCAAGCCAAGGGUGGACGGCCAGCCGGCGGCAUCCAGCGUACCGAUCAAGUCGUUGUUGAGUAUGAGAUGCGGCCGCUUGAAGUUGGCCGGGCCGUGUGA